UACAUAAAUACAUUAUUAUAAAACUUUAAACCAAGUGAAUGAGUACAUUUACAUUUAUUCAUUUAGCAGGGAGCACUUAACAUUUUGUCAAAGAAGCCAACAACAAGGGCUCGUCCUGAAGAGAACAUUUUCAUGCAUGGUUUGGUUGCAUUUUCACAGUGCUGCGCGUGUGGGGCGGGCUGGAUUUGCGUGAGUGGGGCCGGAUCUCAGUGCGGUGAUAGAGCGCGCACAGCGGCUGUGCGGAAGUUCUUUCAUCCGCGCUGCACAAGGGGCUUCGCCCUCGACAUCGGAUAUUCUCGUCCCAAGUUUUCGCUUGGACGAAGACAAACGAGGUGGAAAUUCUUCAUUCCGUGUAAUCCCUCGAAUCCUGUCGUUCGCUACAAGUUAGCGCCCAUUACCGUAGGGUAAUGGCAAGGCCAAGCCACAGCGAGCAUGUCCUGCAGCAGCUCAACAACCAAAGAGAGUGGGGUUUCCUCUGUGACUGCUGUAUCGCCAUAGGGGACAUUUACUUCAGGGCCCAUAAAGCUGUGCUGGCAGCCUGCAGCUCUUACUUCAGAAUGAUGUUCAUCCGAGAUCAGCAGGGAACGGCGCGAUUCGAUCUCAGCAACAUGCAGAUAAGCGCGGAGUGCUUUGAUCUCAUCCUGCAGCUCAUGUACCUUGGCCGUAUUGCUGUGGAUCACUAUGAGUUCGAUGAGCUGAAAUCCUCUAUGGCCUACCUACAAAUGUACUACAUCCCCGACUCGCUUGAGGACCUCAGAGACAUCCGGACUUCCAAUCUGACGCCCUCGUCCUCCGCAUCUUCCGCUUCGUCAUCCAGCUCCUCGUCCUCGUCCAGUGUAGCGGGUGGCAAGAUGAUGUUUGGCGUGCGCAUGUUUGAGCAGCAAAGGCCCAGCCCUGCUGAGAACGAACGUGCACCCAAGACUUCAACCACACCUACUCGUCAAAGCAUUAACAUCUCAAGUGUCAGGCCUGCUGAAGAUGUGGUCAUACCACACCCUCUGCCACACUCAGAGACGGUUGGAGAUCAACCAUGUGACCUAAGGAAGAGGACUUCGGGUCGAGGCUCCAGCAUUAAAGAACGUCCUCGUUUUGGUCGCACUUACACGUGUGAUGAUUGCGGCUUUGUGUUCAGCUGUGAAAAGCUGCUUAUUGAGCACAUCCUUACGUGCACCAAUCGCAAAGCUUUCCAGACACCCAAAGUCGGCAAGGAGACAUACGGUGACACUGGCAAGGCGGAGAGUUUAACCUCGGAGGGGACGGAUGAACACAGAGCAGUUUGCAAGGGUGAAGAAGAUUGGUCAGACCACAAGUCAGACGCAGAGACUGUGAUCAGGUCUGUUGCCUCUGGCAUGGACAGUGAAACAACCUUCUCCAGGAAUAUAACCAUUAAAGUGGAAAGAGAUGAUGAUUCUGAGACAGACUUAGAAAGUGUGGUGAAGGUAGAAAACCAUAACAUAGGAAGCUGCAGGGUUCGCAGCAGGGUGUACAAAGAUGUUGCAGACCAGAUGAAAUUUGACAGCGAGGAAGAGGCAGGAAUUUCUGCAAUGGAAAAUGCUUUGGAGGGUCAAAGUAAAGUGUUGGGGAUGGAUGCAAAUGUGCAAGUGAUCAAAGAAGAGAAGCAGGAUGAAGCGUGUAUUCCUUGUGAAUUGUGUGGAGCCUUGCUGACAGAGGAGGAUCAGUCUGCCCAUUACAUCUCCAGCCACAUGGGACAUAUCUGUGCCUGUGGAAGGUGUGGCCAAGUGCUCAUUAAAGGCAGACAGCUGCAGGAGCACGCCGAGCGCUGCGGUGAGCCCCAGGGUCCUGAGAUUGACUCUCCAGGUGACGAUUCACCUCUGCUUGAAGAUGGAGAAGCUAUGGAAGAGAGCUUGCUGGAAGGAGCCGAAAUUGGCUUUCGCUGUCCUCUCUGCGGUUUGAUAUUUGAAAGUGAAACUCUCGCUGUGGAGCACUCAUUGGCUUGUCCCGAACAGGAGCCGUUCCGUCCCGUCCUGUUAGAAGACAGCGGCGAGCCAGACCAUCGGCGAAAGCAUUUCUGUGCAAUCUGCGGCAAAGGCUUUUACCAGAGGUGUCACCUACGGGAGCACUACACAGUUCACACCAAGGAGAAGCAGUUUACUUGUCAAACCUGCGGCAAACAGUUCCUGCGUGAACGACAGCUUCGGUUGCACACUGACAUGCACAAAGGAAUGGCCCGGUACGUCUGCCCCGUCUGCGACCAGGGCACCUUCCUAAAACACGAUCACGUGCGACACAUGAUCUCCCACCUGUCAGCCGGAGAGACAAUCUGCCAGGUGUGUUUCAAAAUUUUCCCAAGCGGCGAGCACCUGGAAAAGCACAUGGACGUCCAUCUGUACAUCUGCGGCGUGUGCGGAGAGAAAUUCCGCCUUCGGAAAGACAUGCGGAGCCACUACAACUCUAAGCACAACAAGAGACAAUGAAAGGCAGAUUCGGGUCUAUAAAAUAAGCCAUACUGUAAAUGUGAGAAGAAAUCUAUGCACUUAGACACCAAUUUCAACCUUUAAAUCUGCACUUUCUGUGUGUAUGCAAACUCUGAAUACAUUACUCAAUGUUUGUGGUGGGAUAUAGUGCCUAGAGUAUUUGUCUUCAGUUUCGAGAUAUCCCAAGUCGACUAAAUUAUGUGGUCAGUUGUGUUUCGGUUGAAAAUACUAGCUUGAACUGUUGUUGUUAUAGAUCAGAAAUCCAUCCUUUGAAUAAUUAAGCUUUAGUGAUGGUGCACAUUGACGUUUAUUUUAAAGAAUUCGUCUUAUGAGGAAAGGUUCAUUGUUUUUGUUAUUAGUGGUGCUUUUAUUUCUAGAGGUCCAAACACAGGUGUCUUCGGCCAUUCUGCUUUUCUUUUUAAGUAGCUCUGGUUUCAUUCCCAAAAUGGCCAUAAUUCUUUACACUCAUUUGCUUACAGAGAUAAGGGAGAAUAGAUUACAAGUUUUGCUGUCACUAUUCCUCCCUGCACCAGAACACUAAAAAUACUGUAUAUUAUGAUAAAAAGCAGAGAAAAACACUUCUUUCAGCUACCUGUAUGUACCUAGUAGUCACACCUACAAACCCAGGAAUCUAUGCAACCUGUUGUAAAUUUACCCCUAAAUUUUAGUUUGCAUUCACUUAGUAGAAAGAGUCACAAAGUAUGUUUCAUUGUGUACAGCUGCUUUGGUUUCCCAAAGAUAUUCAUCUACAGUUCAUCUAAGCAGAUUUAUGAAACAUCACAUUAAGGUGUGUUUCUAAUAAGGAUUGUGUGUUGUUCAAUACUUAUUUUUAGCCUACACUGUUUUGCUCUAGCAAGCUAUUUCAGUUUGCUUUCGGUUAAGGGUCCAUCCCAGCGUAUUAGGUCUUUAAAUUAACAUGUACAAUUAUUGUGGCUAAGUCUUUAUGAGAUGUAUGGCUUGCACAAGAGUAAAUUAUUACCUUAUCGGUUAAAUACACAUAUUCAAAUUCAUUAUUUUGUCUAAAAUGAACCUAUAAUAGUUUGUUAUGUUCAUUUUGUGCUGUCAAUAAUUAUACAGAUUAAUCUAGACACAAUUAAUUAUAUUGUUUAAGAAGAACAGGCACUUUGGUUAAACCUGAAAAAGUGCUUGCUCUGUAUUUUAGUUUGAAGUCAUCCCAUCUAAGUAAACUGACUAAACUUGACAGUUAAUGUUUGGAUUGUGUGAAAGUAUAUUAAGAUAUUGAGAGGUUUAAGAGUUUUUAUUAUGGACCAAAGCAACCAUUAUUAAUGAUAUCUUGCAGCUCAGAAGUUUGCACUGGGCGUACAGCAGUGUAUUGUUGUGUGUUAUGAUCUAAAUAUGGUGAAAAUAUUUUUCUCGAGUGGUAGAAAUAUUGCAAGGAAUAUAUGCAAAUAUUGUUUUUCUCUUGGUUUUUUUUUAGCUUAUUUUUAAAAUUUCUUCAGUGUUUCAUAUGUCCUUGGCUUUAUGAACUAAAAAAUAAAGUUUAAACAUUUUACGGGAGUAUUUGUGUGAAAUAUUUAGUAUAAAAUUCUUACUGUUUUAGCACACAGAAAUGCCAAACCAGUCAUUUUUACAGUAUUGUACUGUUUUAUCAGA